AUGGAUUCGUGGAAGAGACUUGAGUUUUCAGCAGAGGAAAACGAAGUGCUGGACCUGGGGAGUGAAACAGAGACAAAUGACCCCCUCCAAAACACAGUGGUAGGGAAGAUGUGGACGACAGAAUCAUACAACGUGAAGGCUUUCAAAGCCACUAUGCUGAACAUCUGGAAGACAAGAGGCGCAAUGGAGAUAGUAGAUCUGGAAAAAAACCUCUUCUCUUUCAAGUUUGAAACACAGAGAGACAGGGAUCUCAUCCUCAAAGGACAACCCUGGACCUUUGAUGGGCAUGUACUAGCCUUGCAACAGAUCUCAGGAGGUGAACAACCAUCCGAAAUCUGCCCCCAUUCUUGCCCCAUAUGGGUCAGAAUCUAUGACUUACCCCUAAAUCUACGCAAUGAGUCAUCAAUCAGGAAGAUAGGAGGAAGCUUGGGAGAAGUUCUGGAGUAUGAUAAGUCAGAGGAGUGCCUGAGGGGAAAGUAUGCCAGAGUAAGGGUCAAGGUAGAUCUGUUGAAACCCCUCAAAAGAGGGUCCCCCAUUCAGAUAGCAACAAACAAGAAAGGAAGAAUCUUUUUCAAGUAUGAAAGACUCCCUGAUUUCUGCUUUGUGUGUGGAGUGCUCGGCCACACCUUAAGAUCCUGCCCAGAAAAAGAGGAGGAUAUAGAAGGAGAGGAGCUCAAAGACCUGCCCUAUGGAGCUUGGAUGAGAGCCUCCCCCAAAAAGGUCACCUUGAUGCGGAAAGAUGGCUACGCAGAAAGAAACAAAACCAUCAAAAAGUCCCUUUUUGGCCAGGAACAAAACAUUGCCGAUGAGCACAGUGAAGGGUCCCCACAACCAAAAGAAAAUUCCCCCAACAAGGAGACAACCCAAGGGGAUGACUCUCAAACCACAAAGGUAAACCCACAUACAGUUACUCAAAGCCUUGACAAAGUUGCUGAGGUGUUCCAACUUUUCAACAUCACACAAGAGUCCACAGAAACAGAGCAAGAAGUGAAUAAUGAGGAUCCAAAAGAAAAGGAACCAGAGCCAACUCCCUCAGAUCCUGUAUCAAAUGAAACUAGUACAGGGAAAGGUCUGAAAUCCUGGAAAAGAGCAGCAAGAACACCCAGAGAAGAACCCUCUAACCAACACGAAAACAUCACCGGAGGAAAGAGGACGGAGAUGGAGAUCGAUGGGGAAGAAGGGAACCAACAGGGUACUGAAAAAAGAAAUAAAUCAGACAUGAUCAUUGAUGAGAUAUCGGCAGUGCUGGAGGACCAGCACGGCCGAGAGCCAUGA